AUGAGUACCUAUACCCAAACACAGGCCCGUCCCCCUCCAGCAGCGUUAGGACGCAAAAAUUCCUUCUUUGGUGCCAUCAAGAACAUCGUCACUGCCCCACUCUCAUGGUUUGGCGGCAGCGAGGAAGAUUUUGGCGACAGCGAUGACAGAGGAAAACGAAGGCGGCUGCCCAUUGCCUCUGAACAAAUCCGCGAUGAUGAGGAUUCAGGCUCAGAGCAACGGACCAAGAGAAUGAGGAUGGGCAGCCCCAACAGAGAUAAGCAACCAUACCUUGAUCCUCCUAGAUCAGCCUUCAGGCAGCACCAUAAAGCAUCUGAUGGUACACGCAUUCAAAAUCAGCGCCAUGUUUCGCCGUCGUCACGAAAAACUCUCCGUGUACCUACAAGCACACCCCGUAAUAGACGCACGAUGUCCCCUUACCCAAGUGGAUCACAGCUCAAGGCACAGCCGUCUGUGCGUACUAUGUCUCUUGAUCCCCCGUCUGGGCUGGGCUACUCCGGGUCGCCAGCCCGGCUGCAGCCAGCCCCGACUAUGCUUGAUCUCACCGAGGAGAAAGAUGCGAUGUCCAUCAGCAGGGAACCGUCCAUGUCGAACCUCCGUAUGCGUACGUCGGUCACACCCCAGCCCUCAGGUUCGGAUUUUGGCCCCGUCAUUCCCCCUCGCCGGGAGCGCGAUCAAACCGAGCCGCCACCACUUACGGCAUUGAUGUCAAACCCCAUGUUUGUCAAGCCCCCGCCCGGUUUACAGAAGUCCAGUACAGCGGAAAUGGCCAGACAAGCCACUCUUGGCUCGUUAUUAGACUCUCAACGUCAGCAAACCCAUUCACCUGCCCGACGGGGAUCCGUUUUGUUUGGCACUGGAUCCAUGACAGAUAUCUCUGCUCCCCAUCUUUGGCCGAUCAACCCCGCCGAGAAGGCCCUACAUGAGCUAGAGGUGUACAAAACUCCUCUCCUUCCCUCGCGCCUUAAGGGUGCACCGAUCCCGGACACCUUCAUACCCAAGAAGAACCGCCCUAUCACUCUCAUGCACGACCGGGACCGAGAGCGGAAGAAGGGGAAAGGCAAGAACAAGAUGAAGGAUCGAGAUGGUGUCAAUGGGACAAAACCAUAUGCGGGCGAGGGUGGCAUGAAGAAGUGGUUGGCAAGGAGGAAAUGGGAAGAGGAGGCGGUGCGAGCACACGAGGACGCUGACCGAGAGACGGAGAAAGAGCGGGCAAUGGAGGAGGACGAGAGUGCUGAAGCCGAAGCUCAGAGGGUAAGGGAACAGCAAAAGAAAGCACAGGUGGAAGAGGCACGGCGUAAGAUGCAGAUGGAGGUUCCCGCAGUUCCGAAAGCCCCCGCAUUCGAGCCGAAGCUCAGCGCUACACGGGAGAUGUCGUCUCUUCGUGUUGGACGCUCGCGCGUGCGCAAUCACAUCGAGCGCCCGUCAGCAAAGCGAACAAACAGGUUCUCUGCGGCGUUUGAAGAUGACGAGGACGUUAUGGAUGAUGAUAGAGUUGCACUUGAGGAGGCUGCAAAGAAAGCACCCGUAUUCGAAAUUCCUCCUGGGUUCACAUUUGCAAAAGAGACCCCCAUACCUCACGAUGUCACAGGUGCAAAAGAACCUCCCAUCACCAAGCCAGUCUCAGCACUCGAGCCCUCUACAGCCCCCGCUCCAGUAGUCCCUACCAUUUCAUUUGUUCCUUCUACACCACAGGCGCCCAAGUCAGAGGCACGUACUGAGCCUGCACCCAUUACAGCUGCCCUUCCCACGACUGCCUCUAGUAUUCCCAAUUUCUUUGCUAAUACAGCUGCAUAUACCAAACCGUUGGCCGUCACUACUCACUCAGGAUCUUUUGGCGCACCUCCUGUUCUCGCACCCACAUCAGCUCCAGCUCAAGUUUCAGAGGCCCUAAAGGUCGCUGAGGCGUCUGCUUCCUUGUUUGGUACGCCUGUAACUGUUCCUCAAGUAUCUGCUACACCAUCCGCUGCACCUGCUGCGAGUCAUACAUUCGGAGCAGCUCCUGCGUCUGCGAGUACUUCAAUUUUCGGCCCUUCUUCCACUAGCACUGGCACGGCAUUUGGUGCUCCAGCACCGAAGGCAACGCCUGCUGCUAUAGAGGUGACGCCUGUCACUUCUCCCGUCCCUUCUCCUGCGCCGCCAUAUGCCUCUACCCCUGCACUGUCCUCUUCGCCAUUCUCGUUUGGUGCUCCGCCCGCACCUGCUGAACCUGCACCUGCCAAUGAAGCUCCAAAACCAGCGGAGAAUGAAGGAAGCAAACCUUCAUCACACUUCGGAGCCGCCCCAUUCAGCUUUGGCACACUCGCUGUUUCUGCACCUGCAGCUGAGCCGUCCAAACCUGCAUUCUCUUUCGGUGAACCGGCGUCGACACCUGCAUUGACAGAGCCAUCGAAGAGCGCUUUCUCAUUUGGUGGGCCUGCGCCUUCUACGUCCCCUGCUCCCGCGCCCGCCCCUGCUGUCGUGAUUGAGGUCCCAAAACCGUUUUUCGGGACGCAAGGCACAACCACGGCGACUGGAUUCCCGUUCAACGCGCGCCCCAGCACUGCGCCCGCAGAAGAGAAAUCUACCUCGGUUCCUACAUCGUUCUCAUUUGCGUCUGCUUCACCUGCUCCAGCUGAGAAGAAGUCGUUCACCUUUGGCGCCCCUUCUCCUGCACCACCUACUGCUACAGCCACGCUAUUCAGCUUCGGGCAUGCAAAUGCGGGUAGCAAUGCCGCUGACACGAGCAAAUCCUUCAAUUUUGGGCAACCUGCUCCUGCUCCUGUACCCGCGCGUGCCGCCACCCCACCAAAAGCAGACCAGGAAAUCAGCAUGGACGAGAGCCCGAGUCGUGAUAUGAAUACCAACGGGAAGGCGCCAGAACGGCCAACACUCGAUUUCUCUUCUUUUACUGGUGCUAGCAGCACCCCCGCAGGAAGCACCCUCUUCGCACAGAGCCCUGCUACGGCAACAGGCCCUGGAUUUGGAUUUGGCACGGCUAGUGCCAAUCCAUUCGCGAAGCCAGAGGACAAGGAUAAGCCGGGGAUGGCGUUUGGCUCCGGCUUUGGCCAGCCUUCUGGUGGUUCGAGCUUUGGAUUUGGGCAGAGCGCACCUGAAACGACUGCUCCAUCGUCUGCGGCGCCGUUCGCAUUUACGCAGGCAGCAUCGCCGAGUGUGGCGCCGACCCCAGGGUUCGGGUUCGGCCAGACCGCAAGCAAUGCAUUUGGGCAGCAGCAAAGCACAUCAUCAGCACCAUCGAGUCCAUCGACAUUUAACCGCCCAGCGACUUCGUUCUCUUUUGGCACACCCGCGUCUGCGCAACCUGCUGCUCCUUCGUUUGCGUUCGGGGGCAGUCAACCUGCAUCGCCGGCCACCCCUGCUGGCGGGCUUCCACAGCCCUCGGGCGGUGCGUUUGCGUUCGGUCAGUCGAGUGGUGCAGCGCCAGCUGCAACGCCAAAUUCAUUUGCUCCUGCUGCCGCCUCAUCUGGCGGGGGUGCCCUAUUUACCAUCGGUGCUGCACCUCAGCCUGAUGGAAGACAAAUCAAGAAGCUCCCUCGUCGUGGAGUUGGGAGACGCUAA